CUAAAGGUCAAAAAAGCUGUCGGCAAUGAAUUAUUGCACUCAGAUCAGUGGCAUUGCGCAAUUCCACCCAUCUUGCUUAGCUUAAUUCUGCUAAUCUGCACUCAAGCAAACUGAGAAAAACUACUAACAGAGAUAUAUACAGAGAGAGAUUAAUGGCUUGUGUAGCUGUAAAUUCUCUUAUCAGAACAUUAGAGAUUGAGUUCUUGCAACCUGAACCUCGUCCAAUCGUACAACAAAUGGAAAUCAUCCCUUUUAACAAAGAUCUGAUCCAAUCUCUCCAUGCAAAGCUUGGUUUUCUGAUACAACUGUUCGACGAGUUCAGAAUGGAUGGUGUUGAAGCAAUUAAAGACUUGGAAACAAAGCUCAGAGAUGUAGCUUUUAGAGUAGAAGAUGAAAUUGAACUCCAUCUCGUAGAUCUGGAAGCUUUCAGAGAUCUAUAUGAAAAUGAUCUCUCUUAUAAUUUGGUAGAUCUCUUUGAAGGAUGGGACACUGAAGCCAAAAAAGCCCAGCAUUCUCAUAGACUUAGAGAUGUAUUGCAACAAGCAAUAGAAGACAUUGAUGCCAUUAAAGAAGAGGUGGAGAAAGUCAUGAUGGAGUACAAGCAUGUCAUAGCUGUGCAAGGAAGGGAGACUACACUUGAUGAUGUCAAGAUGGACGGUUCCGGUUCCUCCAAUCAUGCUUCACACACUGAGGACAUAAUGGUCGGGAAAAACAAUGAGUUCGAGACUAUAAGGGAGAUGCUAAUACAACAUACAUCUAAACAACUAGAAGUUGUCUCAAUUCAAGGUAUGGGAGGAAUCGGCAAGACAACGCUAGCUAGACGAGUUUAUGAAGAUCCAUCUGUUGUCUCCCACUUUGACAAACAAAUAUGGGUUGUUGUAUCCCAACAUCACAAUAAGAGGCAAAUGCUCUUAGAUCUUCUUGGUUCUAAAAACAACAGCAGUGAUGAGGAUGACCUAGCAUUACAGCUCUACCAAAGUUUGAAGGGUCAAAGGUACUUGGUAGUGAUGGAUGAUGUAUGGAGCAUAGAGUCAUGGAAUGAUGUUAAAUCUUGCUUUCCAGAUGAUAUAAAUGGGAGUCGAGUAUUGCUGACUACUCGCGUUGCAGAGGUGGCCACUUGUAUUGGCUCUAACAAUGACUUCUCCCAUCAAAUGCAGUUCUUAGAUCAAAAUGAGAGCUGGGAUUUAUUUCGUAAAAAGGCAUGUAAAUCUCAUGGUGUUGAAUUUGAGACAAUUGGGAGACCAAUUGUUGAGAAAUGUAAAGGAUUGCCUUUGGCAAUUGUUGUGAUAGCAGGUUUAUUUUCAAAGCUCAAUACACUAGAUGAGUGGAAGAGUACUGCUAAUGCUUUAAUAAGUUCUUCAACAUCAACUCUAUAUGAUGAAGAAUGUUGGAGAAUCCUCUCAUUGAGUUAUAGUCACUUGCCCCACAACUUGAAGGCUUGUUUUUUAUAUUUAGGAGUUUUUCCAGAAGAUUAUGAGAUCAAUGCUAAUAACCUUACAAGGUUAUGGGCUGCUGAAGGAUUUGUAAAGGCAUUCAAGAACGAGAGUUUUGAAGCGGUGGCUAGAAGGUACAUAAAUGAGCUUAUGGAUAGAAACUUAAUUGUUAUAAGCCGAAGAAGUAGUUGUGGAAGAAAAAUUAAGGCGUUUAGAGUACAUGAUUUAUUGCAUGCCUUUUGUGUAAGAGAAUGUCAAAACCAGAGUCUUUUACAUGUUGCUGAUGAAAGUGAUUCCAAUUUCCCCCAGAAAGGUGUCCGUUGGAUAAGUGUGUCAUUUGAUGAUUUUGAUAUCUCUGCGUUACAUUCUCUGUCAAAACACUGCCGGUCCAUCUUUUACUUUCUGGAGUUGCAGGCGCAGCCCCCAGAUUCAAUAAAUUUGGAAUUUUUCAGCCUAUUGAGGGUACUCUAUGUUACUCAUCAUCAAUUCCAUUUGCCAAGUCCGAUUGUUCAUAUCCAUUUGAGAUACCUAUGGUUAAUCGGGGCACUUCAUAAUCCUCAUGAUUCAUUAUUCUCCAACGCUUGGAAUCUUCAAACAUAUAGUGCGUAUGCCCCCUUUAGAGUAUUGUUGCAUUUGAAGUUUCCACAACUACAGUAUAUUCAAUGUGAUGGAUUUUUUGGAGCUUUUCCCAAAUCUGUUCUUCAAAACUUGCAGGUCAUUUCUGGAUUGCAGGCUAGUUUUCAUUGCGACCAAGAGUCCUUAAUAAAAGUUCCAUACCUAAAGAAGGUAUCUAUUAUUAUGGACCAAAUCAAUGAUUGCAUUAAGAACCUUGUCUGUUUACAGCAGCUCGAGAGUUUGUCUCUUGAUUUUUUUCCACGGUCCAGUGGAAUUCUGGAUAUGAUGCCUCAAAUCAUUAACAGUACUCUUCUCUUGAAAAACAUUAGGAAGCUGAGGUUUGAUUUUAUGAUAUCUGAGUGGAAGGCAAUUAAUGUUUUGAGCAAUUUACCAAGGCUUGAAGUGCUCAAGUUAGUAGAUGCUGACCUUGGCAAAAAGUGGGAAGUACCAGAGAAAGUAAAAUUCUGCCACUUAAUUUGUUUGAAAAUUCGGUCUCAUGAUCUCAUGCAUUGGGAAGUUGGUGCUGAUAAUUUUCCAAAACUUGAGCGCCUAUUCCUUAACACAUGCUCUGAACUGAGAAAGAUCCCGAAUAGCUUUGCAGAAAUUCCAACAUUGAGCUUAAUCCAAUUAGAGAGGUGUCUUCCUUCUGCAGUGAUGUCAGCCAAGCAAAUUCAGGCUGAACAACAUGAGUAUGGAAAUGAGAAUAUGAUUGUCAUUCAGAAAAAGACACUACAGAUAACCCCAGAUGUAGAGUCUGCCCUAUUGCAGCAAGUGAUGAGUCUCACGCCAGAACAGUUAAGCUCAUUGCCCCCGGAUCAGCGACAACAGGUCCUUCAGCUUCAACGGAUGCUUCGGCAGCCAACAUAGGCCAAAGGACCGAGAGUUCGGAUCCCCAGUUAUCUGUGAGCUGCUCUUCCACUCAUCCGAACAAAUAUCGAAAACGGGUCAUCAUCAGCAGCCACUGCACAAAGCAGAAAGUGUACAAAACGGUUGCCUUUGUGGCCAUAUAAAGUAUGUGUUCAGUGUGGCAUGCUGUUUCUUAAAUCAAUUUUCCUGUUGUAAAUUUAUCUUAUUUUUUAAAGAUUAGCAUAGGGUAAAUGCUAGAAAGGUUUUCCAUUCAUGUAACGAUGUAUUAACACAGAUUGAAUGAAUAGGGAGGAGAAAAUUUUGGCACUGUUUUGCUCACCUAUAGUUUGAGAUGGACUGAGUUACAAAUUCAUGUUGAGAACUAUAUACACAGACUAUUGUUUUCUCUUUUCCCUCCA